GAACAUUUGAGCCAUCAUGUCGAUUAACAGGCACAGUGCCAUAUAAGCGUUAGCAAGUUGACCACUGUUUCCUGGACACACAAGUUGGACAGACUGCAUUAUCAAGGAGCGAAAGGAUGGUGGGGGUGGUGUUUCUCCACCCAGACCUGGGUAUAGGUGGUGCAGAGAGGCUGGUGGUGGAUGCAGCUGUAGCUCUACGCUCUCGCGGCUGCAGUGUUCAGAUCUGGACGGCCCACCAUGACCCCACACACUGCUUCUCAGAGACACUGGACCCAGACCUGAACGUGGUUUGUGUGGGUGACUGGUUGCCCACCAGUGUGUUUGGGUACCUUCAUGCCCUGUGUGCCUACCUCAGGAUGAUCUACGUAGCUCUCUACCUGGUCUUCCUCAGUGGAGUAGAGUACGACAUGGUCUUCUGUGAUCAGGUGUCGGUGUGUAUCCCAGUCCUGAGGUUGUCUCGUCAGAGGAAAAAGGUUCUGUUCUACUGUCAUUUCCCAGACCAGCUCCUGACCCAGAGAGGCUCAGCUCUGAAAAAGCUCUACCGCGCCCCCAUAGACAGACUGGAGGAACUCACCACUGGCAUGGCUGAUAUGGUUCUGGUGAACAGUUGUUUCACCGCAGGGGUCUUCAGGGAGACCUUCUGUACCCUGGAUGGGGUCCAGACUGACGUCCUCUACCCCUCCCUCAACACACACAGCUUCGACCAGCCCCCUAAAGAGCAGCUGGAGCAGGGUCUGGGGGGCUUGGUCCCUGAGGGCGUGUCCUGCUUUUUCCUGUCCCUGAACCGCUAUGAGAGGAAGAAGAGCCUGGGUCUGGCCCUGGAGGGCCUCUCUUCCCUGAGGGCCCGCCUCGCCCCGGGGGACCAGGCAAGACUCCACCUGGUGGUGGCAGGGGGGUAUGACGGCCGCGUCGCUGAGAAUGUCCAGCACUACGCUGAGCUGAAGGAGCUAGCGGCACGGCUGGGAGUAGAGGACUCUGUCACCUUCCUGCGCUCUCCUUCAGACAGCCAGAAGGUGGUGCUGUUGCGGGGCAGUGCAGGCGUUCUCUACACGCCCAGCAGAGAGCACUUUGGGAUAGUGCCAGUGGAGGCCAUGUACUGCUGCUGUCCCGUCAUUGCUGUGAGGUCUGGAGGGCCUCUGGAGAGUGUAGGUGACGGGGAGACGGGCUUCCUGUGUGAGCCCACGGCCGAGGCCUUCUCCCUGGCCAUGGAGAAGCUGUUCAGAGACCCCCAGCUCCGCAGAGACAUGGGCCAUGCUGGCAGGAGGCGGGUUCAGGAGAAGUUCUCCCUGGAGGCCUUCUCAGACCAGCUGCAUGGGUACAUCCUCAGGCUGACCCAGUGACACCUCUGUUGAGGCAGAGACCGAGGCUGGGCUGGGGUUGUAGCGUGUUGGGCUAGGGGUGGAGUGUGGUAGCGGAGCAGCUUUCUGUAGAAGUCGCCCUUAAACACAUCUAGGAUCAGUUUACCUUCUCUCAAUCCUAGCCUAAAUCCGAACCAAAGAAUGGAAAACUGACCUGAGAUCAGCAUCUCAUUGGUGCAACUUCAUCCUACUGCAGCUCCAGCCAGGCAGAGGUGGAUGGGCUAGGUAUGUAGGGAUAAAAUAGGGUUACUGGAGGACAGAGACGGGGAGGGGGGGUAAUGUAGAGGUGCGAGGACUGUAGACAAUUAGUCAUUGUUCCCCCAGGAGAGGUUGCUGAGGGAAUGGAGGGAUGGAAUCUCAGCUCCAAUUAACGAAAGAGUAACGAGUUUACCCAUUCUGCCCCGGGGUUUGUCGGAACAAUACCAGCACCGGCCCUCAGUUCCAGAAGUGUGUGUGUGUGUGUGUGUGGGGGUGACCAAGGGCUUAAUGAACAAGAGCUACACAACCACUAGGAUGGAUCUGUAGUGUUAUACUCAUGCUACUGUGUGUGUUUGCGCAUGCCACCGAGCGCCAUUAGCCAGUUGGCAGCCACAGAUCGAUAAGCAGGAUGUUUGCCACUUCCUCUGUCCUCUCAGACCUUAGUUACUUUUCACAAUGAGGGAAUGUUUGGCCUGUACAUUGCUGUUGCUGUCUGUCUCUGGGUUAUUAGGAGAUGUUGCUGUGUGUUGGUUAUUAGGAGAUGUUGCUGUGUGUUGGUUAUUAGGAGUGUGUGUGCUGUAUAGAAGGUCAUGCUGUCUGCUGGCCAGUCUGUGUUGUUACUGGCCUCUAGAAGAGCUCUUAUUGACAUUCCUCAAGUCUCAAUAAAACAGUCAGAGGACACAUAGCUAGUUUACCAACUCUUCUUGUUUUGUUGUCAAGUUCUUUCUUUUUCUCUUUUGUCCCAGACUGUUGUGUAUCAGGCCAGGUAUCCAACACACUCCAAAUCCAACUGUCAUCUACCCACUGCAAAUGCAAUGCCACAGAGAGGGGUGUGUUUGUGAACGCGAGUGUGUGUGUUCAGUCAAUGUUUCAGUGAGCAGAGGAAUUAGCAGGAGAUGAGGAGGGCUGUUACCACGGUGAUUUAGAGACCCUGCUAGGAGGGGAGGAUAAAGAGGCCCUCUGGAACCACCAGGGAGAGAACACACACACUGGAGCCACAGGGAGAGAACACACACACUGGAGCCACGGGGAGAGGAGAGGGUGGGAUGAGGGGGUGGGAGACGAAGUGUGGUGAACGGAUCCCCCAUCCUCCACCUGGGCUAUCAGCAGCUCAUAAACACAGUGAUUUAAAGCAGGAGACUAUCGGGCUUCUGGACACACAGGAGGACUGUGUUCUUCUGUCUCCCCAUCUGUCUGUCUCUCUGACUGUCUGUCUGCCCCUCAAAGCCGUCAAGUCAGUCAGUCCCCCCUCAUCCCUUCCCACCUCCCUCCCUCCUCCACUGAGCCCUGUGGUGGGGUAGUGUAAUUCUGUUAUUGAGACACGGUGUGUCCUGAGCUCCAGUGAUAACCACCGCCCAGGAGCUACCUGCACCCAGGCUUAAUUAAUUAAUGAGACCGCAGGGUUGGUUUUAAAUAGGCUCUAAUUCCACACACACAGACACCAGGAGAGAUCGGGGCGGAGGUUGAAAGAUGUAUAGGUGUCUGUGUGCGUAUGUGUGCUGGGUUUUUAUAGAUGCAUAUGUGUGGCUGGGGGGAGGGGGAAGCAGAGGUGAGAUGUAUAGGUGUGUGUGUGUUUAUUUGUGUAAAUCUGUUUUGUUGGCAGUUUGAGAGCAUGUACCCUCGUUAUUAUAACAUUAAAGAUGAACUCUGUAUUUUUAA